UAGACAAGAACUACAUUUCCCAUGAAUCACUGGUCUCCAUUUCGACACAACUGUGGCAGAGGGCAGAAUUGUCAUUGCAUAUUGUGGAACAACGAACCAYCAGCAGAAAGCACCAUGUUUACAGAGGUUCUGUUAGCCCUGGUGGUAGGAGGAGUGAUCUACUUUCUGGUACAGAAGAGUAAGAGGCAUCAGCUGAAGAGUGAGGAUGGCUGGUGGGGAGAGGGGACUCCCCCGGACAGGGAAGAAGAUGUCAGCAUUCGCCCGUACACAGUCCGGACGGAUAAGGAGGAGUUGGAGGACCUGUACAGGAGACUAGACCAGACCAGAUCCUUCCCUUCUCUAGAGGACAGCCAGUUCACCUACGGCUUCAACUCCCAGUAUCUGCAGAACGUGGUCUCCUACUGGAGACAUGAUUUUGACUGGAGGAGACAGGUGGAGAAACUGAACAAAUACCCACAUUACAAAACCAACAUCGAAGGCAUUGACGUCCACUACGUCCAUGUGCGGCCCAAGAACCUCCCUGAGGGCGUGACUGCUGUGCCUCUGCUCAUGGUGCAUGGCUGGCCAGGCUCUUUCUACGAGUUCUACAGGAUGAUACCCCUCCUGACUCAACCCUCCAACCCAGACGACAUCGUGUUUGAGGUGGUCUGUCCCUCCAUCCCUGGGUACUGCUUCUCUGAGGCUCCACAUAAGAAAGGUUUUGACUCGGUGUGUGCGGCCCGUGUGUUCCACAAGCUGAUGAAGAGACUAGGUUUCCAACAGUUCUAUGCUCAUGGAGGAGACUGGGGAUGGAUCAUCACCACCAACAUGGCCCAGCUGGAGCCCAAAAUAAUCAAAGGCUUGCAUCUCAACUUUGCUCCCCCCUCCAAACCGGGCCUGCCCAUGGUUCUGUCUAUAAUGCUGGGCCGCCAUUUCCCCAAGAUGUUUGGCUUCAAUGAGCACGACAUCCAGCGCAUCUACCCCGUUGUGCAGAACCUAGUGGUGGAGUCUGUCAAGGAGUCAGGAUACAUGCACAUCCAGGCCACCAAGCCUGACACUGUGGGUCGAGGGUUGAAUGAUUCUCCAGUAGGUCUUGCUGCUUAUAUCUUGGAGAAGUUUUCCACCUGGACUGACCAUGACUUCAGGAACCUGGAUGACGGAGGACUUACGAGGAAGUUCAGUCUGGACGACCUGCUGACCAACGUGAUGAUCUACUGGACAUCUGGCUGCAUCAUCUCCUCCAUGCGCUUCUACAAGGAGAACUUUAGCAAGGGUCUUGACCAGCCACACUCAAAGAUGCCAGUGCACGUGCCCACCGGUUUUGCCUGCUUCCCCAACGAGCUGAUGCACACCCCCAAGCUGUGGGUGCAGCAGAAGUACUGCAAGCUGAAGACCUUCACGCCCAUGGCCCGAGGAGGACACUUCGCCGCCAUGGAGGAGCCAGAACUCAUGGCCCAGGACAUCCAGAACUUCACCAAGAUGCAGGAGAAGAGGAUGAAGUGAUCCUCUAGUCCGCACGUCAGCCUUCCUUGUUUACCAAACAGCACCAGUUGCUAGAUCAGCUAGCACUGGUGUUAUGAUAGCACUGAAAUGUGCCAGAAGUUACUUACUGAUAAACGCAUAGAGAGAGACCUCUGCCAUAGCUGGCUGUUUUACACCCAUGAGCAUAUAAUACUAGCCAGCUCCCAGAUCAGUUUGUGCUGUUUUGGCAUGACAACCACAAACAGUGCAGUCUGGUCUGUGACCAGGCUAAUAUAAUACAGUGAAGCUCAGGGUUGGGGUCAAUUCCAUUUCAAUUCCAGUCAAUUCAGAAAGUAAAUCAAAUUCCAUAUUUUACUCAUUGAAA